CCUGACGGCGGCGAUGGCGGCGGCCGUGGCGGGGCUGUCGCUGCGCGGGGCGCUGGCCCCCGGGGUGCUGGCCCCCGGGGUGGCGACUCGGCGCUGCCGAGGGCUCUGGAGCCGCCUGCCCCCGCUGAAGGCCGCUGCACGCCGGACCGCCGCACAUUUUGCCUUCUUGCCGGACCCGGCACCCACUGAGUAUGGGCAAACUCAGAAGAUGAAUCUCUUCCAAUCUAUAACUAGUGCCUUGGACAAUGCUUUAGCCAAAGAUCCAACUGCAGUAAUAUUUGGUGAAGAUGUGGCCUUUGGUGGAGUCUUCAGGUGUACAGUUGGCUUGCGAGACAAAUAUGGUAAAGACAGAGUCUUCAACACUCCCUUGUGUGAACAAGGAAUUGUUGGCUUUGGUAUUGGAGUUGCUGUUGCAGGUGCUACAGCCAUUGCAGAAAUUCAGUUUGCAGAUUACAUUUUUCCAGCAUUUGAUCAGAUCGUUAACGAAGCAGCAAAGUAUCGCUACCGCUCUGGAGACCUCUUUAACUGUGGGAACCUCACCAUCAGAGCCCCCUGGGGAUGUGUGGGUCAUGGGGCACUAUAUCACUCUCAAAGUCCAGAAGCUUUUUUUGCUCACUGUCCAGGAAUAAAGGUCGUUAUUCCACGGAGUCCUCUUCAGGCCAAAGGACUGCUGCUGUCGUGCAUAGAGGAUGAAAAUCCAUGCAUAUUCUUUGAACCAAAAAUACUCUACAGAGCUGCAGUGGAACAAGUUCCAGUGGAGCCCUACAACAUUCCACUGUCUCAAGCUGAGGUGCUGCAGACAGGCAGUGAUGUAACACUGGUUGCUUGGGGCACUCAGGUACACGUGAUCAAGGAGGUGGCAACGAUGGCUCAGGAGAAGCUCGGUGUAUCCUGUGAGGUCAUUGAUCUGAGGACUAUCUUACCCUGGGAUACAGAGACAGUUUGCAAGUCAGUGGCAAAGACUGGGCGACUGCUGAUCAGCCACGAGGCACCCUUGACAGGAGGCUUUGCAUCGGAAAUCAGUUCCACAGUGCAGGAGGAGUGCUUUUUGAAUUUGGAAGCUCCCAUUUCAAGAGUAUGUGGCUACGACACUCCCUUCCCUCACGUCUUUGAGCCUUUCUACAUCCCAGACAAAUGGAAAUGCUACGAUGCUCUUCGAAAGAUGAUUAACUACUGAGUACAGCAGUACAGAGAUAAGAACAGGGAAAUAUGGAAGCUGCCUUCAGAACUCUUGCCGCUUCCCUCAGAUGCUUUGGGUUUGGAAUUCACGUCUCAGACUCUUCUCUGAACUCAACUAUCCUUAAUAUUCAUCUUGGCAAUCCUUCAGCAAGUUUGAAUCUUAUGAAAUCAGUGGUGGGCAGGUGAUUGCUAUACUGAGUAGCUUCAAAUGUAUUUGAAGGUGUUCCAGAUGCCGUACGAAUGCUGACACAUUGCUCUGCUUCGCUAGGUUGCAUCUCUGACCUUCACUGUGUAAAUAGUAGAAGCAGAGUUCCAUUCAAUAAACCAUGUCAUGCUCACCUUG